CGCGAUCUUCACUUGUCCGCGGGACGCCGCAGCGGCAGGUACGUUGGUCGCGCGCUCGCGCACUCCGCCCGUCUCCUCUCGCCGCCCUCGACCGCCCGUGUCGUGCGAUGUAAACACGGCUCGCGUUCGGCAGGUGGUCGCAGCUGCGAAACGCCGCGCGCGGCACCGCGUGCCUCGAGAACGCGGAAGAAACGUCCGCGUCGCGGGCAGAGCGUCUCGCAUUCGGCGGUCGACAGUGAUAUCGUGACAGUGCGUGACAUCCGGCCGUUCGCGCGCGCAGUGCAUCAUUCAUUCUUCCCGUCGGCGGGACGGUGCCAGUGAUCUCUCCCGCGUGCUCGCCGCCCGCGGACGACUGGGUUUCGCGAGAGUCCGAGCGUCGCAUCGAGGAGUCGCCGUCUUCCUUCCUGGACACACUUGGCCUCCACCCCCCCCUCGCCCGCCUGAGACAGCAGCCCCCGGCGGCGACGACAGCGUCGUGGGAAAAGGGACGACGCCGCGGAUCUAUCGAUGCAACAUGAAUGGCGAGUCGCGCGCACCAUAGAGACGGCAGGUCGGCAUAGAAAUGGGCAACAACGGCAGCAGCUCCCAUCAAUAUUGCGCGUCCAACGGGCCGCAGGAGAUCGCCGGGCGCGGGUGGACGCAGUCCUUCCCCCGGGAGCUGGGUAGGCAUCACCCGCAGCAGCCGACAGGACACAAGGUCCUGCCGGAGCCGCCCAAUCAGCGGCUACGCGCCACCAAUAAUGGAAGCAUCAUUCACAACGGGGGAACCAUAAGCGGCCGCCGGCCGCCGGCCCUCACGCUUCCGCACGACCUUAAUAAGCAGGGAGGGAUCUUUCGCAGCCGCAGCACCUCGGCGUCGAACAUCGGCGCGUCACGCAGCCGCAAGCUCGAGCACCAUUGCUGCUACUACGGGAGCGGGUCGAGAUGCUGCAUGGAGAGCGAGAUGCAGGAGCUCAAGAGAUUCGGCAGCGAGCCCGACCUGCGGUACUCGCCGAUGGCGCGGGAGGCGGCGCGCUGCAACGGGAAGCAGCAGCAGCAGCAGCAGCAUCAGCACGCGAUGGAGCACCGGCAUUGCGGAAGCGGGCAUUAUCCCGAGCGAGAGUGCAGAGAACGAGAGAGCCGGUACAGAGGCAAGAAGAAGUACAAGGCACCGGCGCCGCCGUCCAACGGCGUCGUUGACGGAUCGUCCCCGGAUUCUUACAGGAACCUUGGUCCUAGAUAUACCGAGUCCGGUCAAGAUCGAGCGGGUGGUUGCCGCGGCGAGGAGGAGGUUCAACCGCCGCCGAGGCGGUCGCGUCUGUUCAAAACGCGAGCGGAGACGAAGAGAGCGCAGGUGAACUGGCUCUCUUCCUCCUCGUCGUCGCAGACUCACGUUGUCGCGGAACGCUGCGAGAACGGUGGCAGCGGGCUAGAGAACGAGCGACGGUGGCGGGGUGAGGACGGCCGCGCCGCCAACAAGGAGAACAGGCUCGUCUGGCGCGAUCAGAGCAACCAUCUCCAUCAGGAUCGCUGGUGCCGGGAUGAGCACAGGCGUUCGCGGAUCUUCGACGGCAAGAACACGCUGCAGAGAAGCAUGAGCAGUCCGGAGUUCCAAGCGGAGUUGAUGCAAGUGGCCAGGAAGGUGCGCAACAAGCUCAACUGCGGCGGCAGAUCCUCCGUAGAGUCGGCGAACUUGGAGCGCAACAGCGAUGUUGAUCGUUGCACGAAAGAGUCGAAGAUCGAGGAGGCGAAAAGGCCGGAGAAAAGAUCAGCGAGGAACGAGGAGAGCAGCCCCGAAGAGCGCGUGGUCGAGGAGAGGCGGCUAACCGAUCGUUGUAGUCGACCCGAAAAUAAGCACAGCUCGUAUAACGAGCGCAAAGGAAAUGCGUCCCGUGAUUCCGGAAGGACCAAGGAUUACUUGGAGGAGAGGCAAGCGGAGGCUGUGUCGGGCGGGAAGAGACGACUCGUCGAGAAAUCGGCGAUGUUGAACGAAUCCUCGGCGAUACACGCGAAAGAACCUCUUCGGAAAGGUCCGAAGGAUCGCCAAGACGCCGUGGGGCAGUCCUCGGGAGAGAGGGUCUCGUUGGAGAAACAACGACGGGACCUUCUUGAGGAUUAUCAACGAGCGAAGAGUGUCGCGAAGAGCCGGAAGUAUGAAAACGCGGCGGACUCGGGGAGAACCAGAUCGGAGAGUCCGGUGAGGCCUUACAUCAGGGUCACAGAUCCUCGCGGGCAGGGUUCCGGGAGGGAAAGCACGCCCGAGCGAACGAGCGAGGCCAAAGAGAGAGAGAAGGAGAGAGAUGCCGAUCGUAGAUGGCGGAAGAGCGACGUUAGGAAUACUGAUGGCGCGCCGGACGAGAAGAGAUGGUCCUGCGAACCUGUUCCCGCGACGGCGGAGAAGAAAGAUGCAAAAUCCAAAGAGAAGCUCGCGAGGAAACCAGAAGCCAAGGAAGUCGUUCGCGAGAAAAAUUGGCACGUAUUGCCGUUGCCGGAGAAAUCCGCACCGAAGACCUUCUACUUCGGCAUGGACGAAGCGUUAUCGAAUGAGUCGCGGAAUUGCGUGGACCAGCACAUGGAGCAAAUCCAAUCCAGGUUGCAGGCCAGAGAGAUCAAUGGUACGAUCGAAUGCCACGACUACACAGAUGAUGGGAAAAGCGGAACCGAGGAUAUCUCAUUAAAGUUGCGACCCACGUUACCUAAGAAACAGCUGGAAAUCCCGCGGUUUUCACCUUCGGCGGCGUGGAGAUUACUGUCAGCGUUAGAAGCACCUGGGCCAACCAUGAGCACGGCGAGCGAGGAAAUUCCGGUGAUGUUCGAGGAGCGUAUCGAACGUCUGUCGAGGCCGCCUCCGCCGCUAAUCGCACUCGGUCCGCGAAGUUCGCACGACAAGUCUGGCGAUUCCGGCAUAUCCGGGGACGCCGGCGCGGUCAACGACGACUCGUUGGACAUCAGCACCAAUACCAACAACAACCGAUUGAAGACACCGGCGACGAGACCGACGUGGACGCCGCAACAGGAUCUAGGCGAGGAGUCGAGCAGUGACGCUGGGGUGGAUUCGCCGCCGCCGAUGCCAACCCCGGUGAAAUUCCCGCCCAGGGCGCACGUGUUCUCGUUGUCGUUGCCGCGCGACGACAAUCGCAUGUACUUGUACAAUCCGGAUCUGAAGAAUAAGGAGGGCUCGACCUUCAAUUCAUUGCAGAAGCUGAAGCGGUCGGUGUCGGGCGCCCUCGGACUCGGACCGCUGGACUUGGAGAGGAAACGCACUCGCGAUGUACUCGACGAUAACUGGCUGCUGUCGACAAGCGCCCCGACGUCGCUGCAGCAUACGCAGAUCACGGACGCGACGCGAUCCUCGCCACCUGGUUGGAAGCCCAGCUUCGACGACGAAGACGAUGACGACGAGGUUUUGGUAGAAGAUCUGGAGGAUCGUGGUGACUUUCCCGUGAUUAUGAAGCCGCCUUCGUUCUCGUAUUUGGCCUCCGGCGGUCAUGUAAUGUAUUUGCCUGAAUCGAAUGACUCUCAGUAUCAACCGCAGAGUUUGGGCUACAGGAGCAACAUGGCGGGGGAAAGUGAGAAGAAUUCCGGUAACAGCUCCGGAUCAAAGUACCGUAAGAACGGUGUGGACGAGUUCAGGAAACCGAGCAAAGAUGUAGAAAAGACGAACAAGCAUCCCAAAGAAUCUGCCAUUCUGAAAGAAAAGCCUUUCGCGAACGACGGAAAAGUGAAUAACAGAUUUUCAAAAUCGUGUGAGAACAUUUCCGAGAUGAAGCAACGAAGUAGUUCACCCGUCGGUGGCCAGCAGAAUUUGCAGGACGAUAAGGACAUUGCGCCGGAAGUCAAGGCACCGUUAAAGAGCAACUCGAAAGGCCGUAGAUUCACGUUCCAGAGCACUGUGCGGCAGAUUGAGAGGCGUAGGUUGGCGGAGAAGCUAUCGCGAGAGGCGGAAGCCAAGGAAAGACAGAGGAAGGGCGAGUUGGAGGCGAUGCGUAAAGUAGAGGAGGAGUUCCAACGAAAACGGGCCAGAGAGAAGGCGAAUAUCAGGCAGCAACUUCGCUUGUACAGCAUGGAUGAAAACCUGAGUAGCUUACCCACUGCAUGGGAUAGCUCGCAGUUAUCCCGCGCGGAUCCGGAUGGCGCGCCGUCGUCAUCCGCGUCGUCACCCACGUCAGUCCCACCGGCGAAAAUGACGACCAUACGAAAGAGCAGCGUCAGCAGCGAUGAGUAUUUGCGUAAAAGAGCGUCCAGCGUGGAUUCUAGGCAGCAGCAACAGCAGCAACAACAGCAACCGAGGGAGUACAAAGAUUAUCGGCCAAAGUAUUACGACUGGGCGCCCACCGAGUCGUCGUCGCAUCUGGAAUUUAAGCAGACCACGGUGCAUCCUAAGGUGGUGUGCGACAUUCCCAAGAGCUCGCCCGUCUUCGUGGACGCGCACGCGAGUGUCAUUAAAACCGCGAAUCUUAGCUCCACUCCCAGAUCCGACAACUACAGGAAAGAUUUUGCUCAUGGGGCCGUGGCGGCGAGAUCCUCCUUAGCCAGCAGCGACAGUGAGCUAUCGCAACCGAACACGAGACCGCAUUCCAGGCAAGCCGUCAGCAAGAGCAAGCCCAUACGGUCUAGGUUUUAAGGUGGGCGUAAAGUAAGUAGUCUUAACACCUCUAGUCAUCUAACAACGCUUCAUUAAACCAAGCCAAGCAAAUACGGUCGCGCUUCUAACUACGUAUUGGGCGAGGAUGGCGCAUAGGUGGCAAGCAUCGUGCGAGAAACGGGUAAACCAACGCAUCUCACAAUUCGUCGAGCGCGUUACGUACGUCUGGGAGAAAGAUCGUCGCUCCGCGACGCGUUGCGUCUUGGUUUAUCUUCCGACGCGUUGAACGCCGGCCAACGUUCUCCGAGUCUUGCGCGCUGUCUGUAUAAGGACUAUGCUAAUAUUUUACUAGAUCCUCAGCUCGCCUAGAAUAGAUGUUUGCCUUGGCGUUCAGCGCGUUGACAAAUACAGCAGAGGCGUCACGUGUGCUCGGCCGAUCGCAAAAUAUUGAUCAUCUACGAACGAAAGUGGUUUCCCUUCAAAAAUGAAGGCUGGCUGCACUAAAGUCCCAUUUCUAUUACAAAAACUGGUAUACCUUUAUUUUUAUAUCGAUAACGUUUAUAAAUUUAUAUUCGCGUACAAGUAUGAAAGAUCGACAAUUUUAAACACAGAAAUAUGUAUAUUUUUAGAUGUUGUGUAAGUUAUUACUUUUUAAAAAAUUACUUUGUCGUUUAAUGCUAUCUGGACUUUCCGUUGCAACGCGAUGGUGAAACGUUUGUGUCGCGUGUCGUGGCGUUCUCUGCUGAUGCCAAAGUAGGAAGAACGGGGGAGGAGGUGUGAAACGGAGCGAAAAGAGUAAGAAACGAUUAAUCAGGUCGGCUAGCCCAACACGCAGCGAGGAGGCCGUCAGCACGGAGGAGGAGACCCCGGUGGAGCCGGUCAAACAGGAGCGAAGCCCC